AUGAAUGUUCACCGUGCCGGUGACAGUGACAGGUUAUUGCGGCAAGAUGCCAGCCGCCUAGUGGAUGAUACUUCAACUGCAACUCCAGAAAAAGAAGCAAGUAGCCUGGUGUCAUCUGGUCUUCAGAACCUUCCUUAUCCCUUAGGCCCCAGGAGUGAUGACUUUUCACUUGACUAUGCCUCUCAGCCAACCAAUCUUCAGUUCUCACACGGAAUGCCACUUCCUGAAGACAUUAAAGGCUCCUGCUUCCAAACUGGAAAUAAACGGACCCAUGAACCCUUUAUUGCACCAGAACGAUUUGGAAACAUCAGUGCAGGCUUUGGCAAUAACUCCCAUUCCCAAGCGCCAGAGAAAGUUACGCUUCUCGUAGAUGGCACACGUUUUGUUGUGAAUCCACAGAUUUUCACUGCUCAUCCAGAUACCAUGUUGGGAAGGAUGUUUGGACCAGGAAGAGAGUACAAUUUCACGAGGCCCAAUGAGAAAGGAGAAUAUGAGAUUGCCGAAGGAAUCAGUGCAACUGUAUUUCGAACAGUCCUGGAUUACUACAAAACUGGAAUCAUCAAUUGUCCUGAUGGCAUCUCUAUUCCAGACCUCAGAGAUACAUGUGAUUAUCUUUGCAUUAACUUUGACUUCAACACCAUCCGGUGUCAGGAUCUGAGUGCUCUCCUGCAUGAACUCUCUAAUGACGGUGCUCACAAGCAGUUCGAUCACUACCUCGAAGAACUAAUCCUGCCCAUCAUGGUGGGCUGUGCCAAGAAAGGGGAGCGAGAGUGCCACAUUGUUGUGCUGACAGAUGAGGAUUCUGUGGACUGGGAUGAAGACCACCCCCCACCCAUGGGGGAGGAAUAUUCCCAAAUUCUUUAUAGCUCUAAGCUCUACAGAUUUUUUAAAUACAUUGAGAAUCGAGAUGUUGCAAAAACAGUGUUGAAAGAACGGGGCCUAAAGAACAUUCGCAUCGGAAUUGAAGGUUAUCCUACAUGUAAAGAAAAGAUUAAGAGAAGACCUGGUGGCCGGUCUGAAGUAAUCUACAAUUAUGUACAGCGCCCUUUUAUCCAGAUGUCAUGGGAAAAGGAAGAAGGGAAGAGUCGUCAUGUGGAUUUCCAGUGUGUUCGAAGCAAAUCCCUCACUAAUUUGGUAGCUGCUGGAGAAGAUGUCUUGGAAGACCAGGAGAUACUAAUGCACCAUCCGCCCCAAGUGGAUGAACUUGAUCGGCUAAAUGCCCCACUCUCUCAGAUGGCUUCUAAUGACUUUCAGGAUUAGGGCCUGCGCUGGGUCUCCUCUUUCUGG